CGUCUCUAUUUGAGCUGAAAACCGAUGCAUUCAUUGUACAGUGUUACGUUGACUGUUGCCGGUACUGCAUCUUAUUCGAAAAUGGCUCCAGUAGAAGCACCAAAGGUGAAAUUGAAUAAUGGCUGUGAAAUGCCUGUACUUGGUCUUGGAACGUGGCUGUCCCGCGAAGGAGAGGCCGUAGCAGCAGUCAAAGCAGCCAUUGACGCCGGUUACCGUCAUAUCGACACCGCCUACUUGUACCGCAACGAAAAAGAAGUCGGACAAGCCAUUCGCGAAAAAAUCGCAGAAGGCGUCAUCAAGCGCGAGGAUAUUUUUGUAACCACUAAGCUGUGGAAUGGUUACCAUGAUCCAGCACACGUUGAGGAAUCUUUCAACCGCUCGAUGUCCAACCUGGACAUUGGCUACAUCGAUCUGUAUUUGAUGCACACCCCAAUGAGUUACCAGUUUGUUUCGUGGGAGCCGGAGAACCCCGAUAUACCUAGCGUACUGACGCCCACCAAGGUGGACUACGUGGAUACUUGGCGUGCUAUGGAAAAACUACUGGAAACCGGCAAACUAAAGAGCAUCGGUGUUUCAAAUUUCAACAGUGAACAAGUUGCUCGCAUUGUUAAGGAAUGCAACGUGAAGCCAGUAACUAAUCAGGUCGAGUGUAAUCCGGGUCUAAAUCAACGAAAAUUGACUGAAUUUUGCAAAAAGCUUGGAGUGACUCUUACGGCGUACAGUCCCCUCGGUCGCCCCAAUUACUACGAAAAAGACCCAAAGAAUACUCCAAAGCCUGCACUGGAUGAUCCACGUGUACUGGAAAUAGGCAAAAAGUACAACAAAACACCAGGACAAGUCAUCCUGCGUUAUCUGGUUGAUAUUGGUACAAUUCCGGUACCGAAAUCUUCCAACCUUGAGCGACUUCGUCAAAACAUCGAUAUCUUCGACUUCAAACUAACCGAUGCAGAGAUUAAAAUAAUGGAUGGAUUCAACACUGGAAAGCGUACUGUCCCAUUCGCUCUGAGCGCCACUCAUAAAUACUACCCAUUCAAUAUCGAGUUUUAAUCACACUCAAAUAUAAUUGCCCAUAAUAUUUCUGUA